GAUAGGAAACUUGUUGUUCGCCGGACCGCCUGGCACUUCAAUGUUGACAGCCGAGCCAGUCUCGCUAGAGAUUUUAUUGAAAAGGAAAAUUAAUGAAUGUUUCUCUGAUAUACAAUAGACUAAACUAUUUGGCAAUGCCGUUUAGUAACAGCCUAAAUUGCUGUAGGACUAGUCUAUCAUGGCGGCGCUAGGAGCGGAACGUGGCGAGGCGUCUAAAGUCGAGGAGAAGAUAAACACACAGAAGACGGCCGACUCAUGGAAACGUCAUAUCAUCCGCCAACUCAAACAUCGGGAUAAGUAUCAGAAGACGAUGUUUCAAGAUGUCAUACUGGCAUAUAUAAAUCUCCUGGAGAAGUCCAAUCAGAGAGCCCUCAUCACGAAAGGCAUCCUGGGAUCUGGUUCAAGGUACCCAGCCUCCUCCAACGAUUCCUUGACGUCUCUGAUUUCCAAGAAUGACGAUCUGAAGAAAACAACUGGCGAGCUGGCCUACCAAGUAUUGGAGCUCCAGCAGGAGAUUAAGAUCAAAGACUCCGUACUGGAAGAGCAACAUGCCAGGAUGUGUGAGGUGCAGAGGGAUCUGCUGGGGGUGCAGGCGGAGGAUGGAAGUCUGGCGGUGCGUGUUGCCGAAGUGACGGAGGGGAACCGGCUGUUGAAACGGGAGUACGACUCUCUGCUGGAGCGGCACCAUGAUAUGGACCAGACCUUCAGAGAGGAGAAGCUCAGAGGUCAGGAAAUGCUGGAGGAACUGGUUCGGAGGAAGCAACACGCAGCCGUCAGGAUGAACAGUCGCAACGAGAGACGGGUCAGAGCCAGAGAGGCAAGUCUUCAGAAGGAACUGGAGACCGCCGGGAAGGUGAAUGUGACCAUUGAUGUCGGGUCUGUCAGUGCCCCGGCCUCCAGAGAAGCCUCCCCUAAGAGUGAUCUGGCUGAGAGACGGACCACUAGACUGUUCCGGUCAGCCUCAGUAACAUCCCCUCCCAGGAUUCUAGAUUCCAUCAAAGAGCUUUUUGAUAGAAAGAAGCGUCGGGGGAACUCGCUGUGUCUGAGUCUGGAGGAGGAGCUGUAUGUUCCUGUAGGGAUCUGUCUGGCUGCCAGGGUCCCUGCUAGGGCUCUGCAUGUCCUGGAUGCCCAUGAGUUGGGUAUUAAUGCAGUGAGGUUCAGCUCCAGUUGUAACCUGCUUGCUACGGGAGGGACAGACAGAUCUAUUAAGCUGUGGGACAUUAAAGCAGGCAUGCUCCACAACAGAGGUACACUAGAUGGCAGCAACGAAGGAAUAACCAGCAUAGAGUUUGACCCAACAGGCACCAGGGUUUUAGCAGCAUCGUAUGAUAAAUCAGCUCUGUUCUGGCGGCUGGAUGACUCUGCUCCCAAGCUCACUCUGACAGGCCACUCACGUAAAGUGACAGCAGCCAAGUUUAAAUGCAGCCUGCGCCAGGUGGUGACAGGAAGCGCUGACAGGACCGUCAAGAUCUGGGAUCUCCACCGCGCUGCUUGUAUCCAGACCAUUGAGGUUCUAUCUUACUGCAGUGAUGUGGUGUGUUCUGAGCACGUCAUCGUCAGUGGACACUAUGACAGGAAGAUACGCUUCUGGGACAGCAGGGCUGCCAGCUGUACCCAGGAGGUUCCUCUCCAGGGGAAGGUAACGUCUCUGGACAUGUCUACUGACCACCGCCAGCUCCUCAGCUGCUCCAGAGACGAGAGUCUGCAGGUGGUGGACCUUCGUAUGAACAACUCCAGGAUAUGUUUCAGAGCUGAGGGCUUCAAAUGUGGCUGUGACAGCACCAAGGCUAUAUUCAGUCCUGACGGGAGUUACCUAGCAGCAGGAUCAGCAGAUGGAGCCGUCUACAUCUGGAACGUCAACUCUGGCAACCUGGAGACACGACUACCGGACAUGCACAGUUCGUCCAUCAACGCGGUGGCCUGGUCUGGGUCUGGGCAGUACGUGGUCAGUGUGGACAAGAGCCGGCGUGCCGUCCUCUGGAGCGACAUCUAAACCGUCUGGUCGACUGGCCAGCCUCAGACCCAUUUGAAUAUCAGUCUGGUCGACUGGCCAGCCUCAGACCCAUUUGAACAUCAGUCUGGUCGACUGGCCAGCCUCAGACUCAUUUGAACAUCAGUCUGGUCGACUGGCCAGCCUCAGACUCAUUUGAACAUCAGUCUGGUCGACUGGCCAGCCUCAGACCCAUUUGAACAUCAGUCUGGUCGACUGGCCAGCCUCAGACCCAUUUGAACAUCAGUCUGGUCGACUGGCCAGCCUCAGACCCAUUUGAACAUCAGUCUGGUCGACUGGCCAGCCUCAGACCCAUUUGAACAUCAGUCUGGUCGACUGGCCAGCCUCAGACCCAUUUGAACAUCAGCCUGGUCGACUGGCCAGCCUCAGACCCAUUUGAACAUCAGUCUGGUCGACUGGCCAGCCUCAGACCCAUUUGAACAUCAGUCUGGUCUACUGGCCAGCCUCAGACCCAUUUGAACAUCAGUCUGGUCGACUGGCCAGCCUCAGACCCAUUUGAACAUCAGUCUGGUCUACUGGCCAGCCUCAGACCCAUUUGAACAUCAGUCUGGUCGACUGGCCAGCCUCAGACCCAUUUGAACAUCAGUCUGGUCGACUGGCCAGCCUCAGACCCAUUUGAACAUCAGUCUGGUCGACUGGCCAGCCUCAGACCCAUUUGAACAUCAGUCUGGGGUUAGGUUUAGAAGGUCAUCUGAACAUUGGCUGGGAGAACACGGAACACAUUGGAUGUUUAACAUGGCUGAGAGAACACGGAACACAUUGGAUGUUUAACAUGGCUGAGAGAACACGGAACACAUUGGAUGUUUAACAUGGCUGAGAGAACAUGGAACACAUUGGAUGUUUAACAUGGCUGAGAGAACACGGAACACAUUGGAUGUUUAACAUGGCUGAGAGAACACGGAACACAUUGGAUGUUUAACAUGGCUGAGAGAACACGGAACACAUUGGAUGUUUAACAUGGCUGAGAGAACACGGAACACAUUGGAUGUUUAACAUGGCUGAGGGAACACGGAACACAUUGGAUGUUUAACAUGGCUGAGAGAACACGGAACACAUUGGAUGUUUAACAUGGCUGAGAGAACAUGGAACACAUUGGAUGUUUAACAUGGCUGGGAGAACAUGGAACACAUUGGAUGUUUAACAUGGCUGAGAGAACACGGAACACAUUGGAUGUUUAACAUGGCUGAGAGAACACAUUGGAUGUUUAACAUGGCUGAGAGAACAUGGAACACAUUGGAUGUUUAACAUGGCUGAGAGAACACGGAACACAUUGGAUGUUUAACAUGGCUGAGAGAACACGGAACACAUUGGAUGUUUAACAUGGCUGAGAGAACACGGAACACAUUGGAUGUUUAACAUGGCUGAGAGAACACGGAACACAUUGGAUGUUUAACAUGGCUGAGAGAACACGGAACACAUUGGAUGUUUAACAUGGCUGAGGGAACACGGAACACAUUGGAUGUUUCACAUGGCUGAGAGACCACAGAACACAUUGUAUGUUUAACAUGGCUGAGAGAACAUGGAACACAUUGGAUGUUUAACAUGGCUGAGAGAACACGGAACACAUUGGAUGUUUAACAUGGCUGAGAGAACACGGAACACAUUGGAUGUUUAACAUGGCUGAGAGAACACGGAACACAUUGGAUGUUUAACAUGGCUGAGAGAACACGGAACACAUUGGAUGUUUAACAUGGCUGAGAGAACACGGAACACAUUGGAUGUUUAACAUGGCUGAGAGAACACGGAACACAUUGGAUGUUUAACAUGGCUGAGAGAACACGGAACACAUUGGAUGUUUAACAUGGCUGAGAGAACACGGAACACAUUGGAUGUCUAACAUGGCUGAGAGAACACGGAACACAUUGGAUGUUUAACAUGGCUGAGAGAACACGGAACACAUUGGAUGUUUAACAUGGCUGAGAGAGAACGGAACACAUUGGAUGUUUAACAGGGCUGAGAGAACACGGAACACAACAUGGCUGAGAGAUCACGGAACACAUUGGAUCUUUGUCUCACUCCUGCUACCAGUCUGACAGAUCGGGGGUGAUAUCCAACUGUUGCCUGGCUACCGAUCCACAUCACUCAGGUCAAACGCCACGCCCACUAACGGUUUCUUCUCCACCGUGAGUCUGGAUUAGCUUACUCCCCGAAGACUUCUUGAACGAGAACACAUGCAAACUGUUCUGAUUGGUCCAGAACUGGACCAGAACUGGCCUACACGAUUCACGAAUGACGAUUAUUUUGACGUCAGCACAAACGACUUCCAGGAUGGCAGGUUCAGACUAACGUAUGGUGCUAUCGAUAGAGCAGCAGAAUGAAAUUCAGGAUGAGUCGACAGAUCUGACACAUCCUGCCGCUUUUCUUCGGUUUAUAACUUUGCUAAAGGGAACUGGCGGGAAAAUCAUAAAUACAAUAUCUGUCUGUCAAAAAGGCAAUGGUUUCAUUUUGUUCUCUCCAUGAUUGUAUAGAGUCAUAAUGGUGCCAACAUAACUCCGUAGUGUUACUUUGCCUUUUUUGUAAACAAGCAUUUGUUGUGUCAACACAACUUUCUUUACUUAGUAGUUAAACAAUGAAUCUGGUGUCUAACCAUUCAUACUGGGGAAGGAAAAGCAUGGGUUAUGCUUGACGAGGAACUAAUACGCUAGUUAUUCAGGGAUAGGGAUUCAUAUCCUUUUGCUUGAAACAAUUGGAGUUAAAGUUUCAUGCUCUUGGCUGGCUUACAGAAAACACUACCAUAUCAGACUGUGGACUGUUAGGGUGACACUGGUCUGCUGGUCAAAUAGGGGCUACAUUACGGAGAAACUAUCAUGACAACUGUGAUAAUAUGAUGGAGGGUUUUAAUCUAAGCUACAUGCACAGGGCUGAAGGGAACGGGGGUUAUCUUGAGCGUUCUAAAGGGAACGGGGUUAUCUUGAGGGUUCUAAAGGGAACGGGGUUAUCUUGAGGGUUCUAAAGGGAACGGGGUUAUCUUGAGGGUUCUAAAGGGAAC